AUGGACCGAUACACCUGCUUUGACACAGCCUCUCUACUAUCCUACCCCUUCAGAGUCGCAUUGGGCGACUAUCCCCCUACAAAAGCUCAUCUCUUCCUUCUCUCGGCCCCCAAGCGGCGCGAAAAGCCUGGAAAAUGCCACCACCAGCAGCCCACGCGCUUCCAUCAAAACCCUUUGCCGAAAUUACAUGAUCCACGGACUAGCACUCCUGCAAGGAAAAGCCCCUACGACGGGUUGGAGCAGUUCCACCCCGUCCAAGAAGCCGGGUACUCAUACGGCCUCAUCGCCCCAUUUGAUGACUCCUGCGAAGCACCUCUGCACAGCCUAGAGCGUCUCGCGGAAAUCAUGUUCUUCCCCAAGCACAUGCUCUCCAUCCUCAACAGCCCGUAUUACUUAGUGCGCUUUCGCGAGUUUCUUCUCGAAGAGUGCCCACACUCACUCCAGAUGCUAACCUAUUACUCGAAUACGCGUAAGGCGCUAAAAGCAAUCGAGACGCGAACGUUCUGGUUCGAUGCUCCAUCCAUGUGCCUCCAAUCACCAUCGCGGCCUCAGAACAAGUCGGGGAAAGUUUCAAUCUGGCACUCCAGCGUCGCGUCCAGGAAGCACCACAAGUGCUUACAGCUGAAGAACUGCCGGUAUUUAUCACAAGACAAUCCGAUUGUCUUUGCGUCAGAAAAGUUCCAUCGCACAACGCAAUAUGAAACGGACUAUGUGCUUGGCCGCAACUGUCGGUUCUUCCAGGGUCCCAAGACGAACCCCAAUAGAUUGAGAAGAAUUAAAGACGCACUGGAAGCUGGAAAACAUCGUUCCGAGCUGUUCCUUAAUUAUCACCACGAUGGCUCGCCAUUCACGAACAUUCUGCAAUGCGCGCCCCUCUGCGAUAGCCAGGGCACGGUCCGAACGGAAGCUGGGUAUCCUCCCGAAAAGGACGGGGUGACGAAAGAAGUUGUCUACUCGCACGAGUUUCGCGAGCUAAGCGAAUUAUUCAGUCCGCGGGAGCUUGAGGUAACGCACGAGGUGGGAGGCAAUCUCUUUAGUCCAGUUCCAUCAGUGAAGGAUCAAAAUUGGCAAGGUCGUAGUCGCGCAUGUUCAACAGCCGACACAAUCGAGACGGAUGCACUUCGGGAGAGAGACAUCAAGACCACGCUUUUCCGGGGGUCGCUGACGGAUGUAUAUGAAACUGUGGAUCUCUCUUUCUCCUUUAUUCUCGCGGUUCAUGCUUAA